AUGUAUGUGAAAUGCUUUGAUACAGUAAUGUUUUACUAUGUGAUUUUAGUGUAUUUAGUGAAUGUCACUUUUUUACAUAUUUAAAUUUCCCGCCGUUCCGUCCCCGUACGUCCUGACGUCGCAGGGAACGGAACCCAGAAGACAAAUACCGGCAUCGGCCGGAGGACAUUGCCGGGGACGCUGCAGGAGGGACAUCGCAGAGUGAAGGACAAUGUAAGUGAAGAAGAGAUCCCGGAGCAGUGCUGCAGGUUAUUCCUGAGUGUAGCUCGGGGUUACCGUUUAUGCUACACUCGGGAAUACCUCCAGGUAGGUUA